AAUGAACUCGAGGGGGAACGAGCCCGUUACUUUCGUCCAUGGAGACGAACUAAAUCUCUAACUUACUAGCGGGUGACAACAUUCACGCCAGCGAUGUCGAGGGAAUACACGACACAAAGUUUGGACAGCAUUGACCUCGCGGCUCUGCGAGAUCCAGCAGGAAUCUUUGAGUUGGUGGAGGUGGUGGGAAAUGGAACCUACGGGCAGGUGUACAAGGGUUGUCAUGUCAAGACUGGUCAAAUGGCAGCUAUCAAGGUCAUGGAAGUCACCGAGGAGGAAGAAGAAGAGAUCAAGCUGGAGAUCAACAUGCUUAAGAGUUACUCUCACCACAGGAACAUUGCUACUUAUUAUGGAGCAUUUGUCAAGAAAAGUCCUGCUGGACGGGACCACCAGCUCUGGUUGGUGAUGGAGUACUGCGGAGCUGGCUCUGUGACAGACCUUGUAAAGAAGACGAAGGGGAACUGCCUGAAAGAGGACUGGAUCUCAUACAUUUGCCGGGAAGUUCUGAGGGGUCUUUCCCAUCUUCACUCCCACCAUGUGAUCCACAGAGACAUUAAGGGACAGAAUGUUUUGCUCACAGAGAAUGCUGAAGUCAAACUGGUUGAUUUUGGAGUUUCGGCCCAGCUAGACAAGACAGUUGGUCGGAGGAACACUUUCAUCGGUACUCCUUAUUGGAUGGCUCCGGAGGUCAUCGCUUGUGAUGAGAACACUGAGGCAACCUAUGACUACAGGAGUGACCUGUGGUCUUUGGGCAUCACCGCAUUAGAAAUGGCAGAAGGUGCCCCCCCUCUGUGUGACAUGCAUCCCAUGAGAGCGCUGUUUUUGAUUCCACGGAACCCUCCGCCAAAGCUGAAAUCCAAGAAGUGGUCCAAGCGUUUCCUGUCUUUUGUCGAUAGCUGCUUAGUCAAAAACCACCUGCACCGCCCCACCACUGAUGCCCUAUUGAGGCACGCCUUCAUUCGGGAUUUGGCCAAUGAGAGACACGUACGCAUCAUGCUCAAGGAUCAUCUGGACAGAACAAAGAAGAAGAGAGAAAAAGAGGGUCCUGAGUAUGAGUACAGUGGCAGUGAGGAAGAAGAUGACGUUGUGGAAGAGGAAGGAGAACCAAGCUCCAUCAUGAACGUUCCUGGCGAGUGGACAUUACGGAGAGAGUUUCUGCGCUUGCAGACUAAGGACCGUGAUGGUGGCAAAAUGGGUGCGCAGAUAGAAGCUGAACAAAGAUCUCAGAUGCAACAACACCGGCAGCAGCUGGUCGAGCAGGAGCAUUAUAAGCUGCAGUUACUGGCUGAGAGACAGAAGAGAAUCCAGCAGCAACACGAGCAGCGGCAGAAGUUAGAGGAUCUAAAGAGGGGACAGUUCUCAGACUGUGCCUUCCAAUGGGCGGAGCUGCAAGAUGUAAUGCUUGUGGAUGAGUCUGAUCUCCGUGGCAACAACUUCCUACUGGAUAACGAGAGACAGGAGUUGACCCGGAGGCAGCGGAUGGCUGAAGGACCUAUGUCUGUGGAGCAGAGAUCUGUGCCUCCAAGCCAGCAGCUUCAGCAUAAAUCCAGACCCCCUCAGACUCAAGGUCAACAAGCAGCCAGGUCUCAGGCUGCAGGCCAGCAACCUUCUGCAACCAGGAGGUCCCACCGCACCCUGCCCAAAGACCAGACCCAGCUUCUAUCUCUGCAGCACGACCACAGGCACCGGGAGAGAGAGAAGGACCGUGAAAGGCAAAGACAGGGAGGAAAGGUCGCAGCAGCUGCUCAGAAGUUGCCAGUUAACACCGAGACCACCACCAACCCCUCUGCUGCUUCUGCUACUGCUCCUGUUGCUGCUUCAUUAGCUAGCUACCCUGCCAAAUGCCAGAACACAGCGACGGAUUUUCUGGAGGCAAAUCUGGCGAGGAUGCUUGUAGCUAAUGGUCUGCCCAGCAAGGUGCAGUCGAGGAUGGGGUCAGGAAGCAGCUCCAGCCCUUGUACACCAGCCAUGCAGAGAGCACACUUUGAGCAGAAUCUGAAUUCCAGUCGAAAUGUUCCACACAGCAGCUCCAUGUCAGACAUGGCCUUCUCCCUUCUAAGCCCUUUUUCACCCACCACUGACAAUGUCUUCUGGGACUCUGAAGAGCCACCCAAGGUUCCAGAACGCACUACCUCUAAGUUCCACUGUCAGGAGCCAGCGAGGGGACACAAGAGAGUGGCUUCCAGUGGCGGUCCAGCGUCUGUUGCGUACCAAAGUGAGAGAUCCCUUUCACAAGGAGGGUCCCCUGCCUGCAGUAACCACCCAGGUUAUUUCAAGAUACAGAGUCCACGUUUGCAGCCUUGCAAACCACAGCAAAGGGGGAUACAAAACGACGUGAGACGGACGCAGGGCGUCAGUCGCUUCAACAGAGCUCCAGAAUAUUCCUCCUCAAGCGACGAGGUGGGCAGCAGUGACGACGACGAGAGGAACAGGCCUGAUCUAUCCAAUGCAAAGAGGCAGUACUCCAGACCAAUGCCAGAUGGCAUUGUGCUUCAACCUCAUCGCAACCUUAACCAGCUUUCACAUUUGGGAUCGGAUGAAACCUACCUUCUACCAGACCUGCUGCAGAAAAGCUUCUCUUCCAGUUCAACCCAGAACAUUUUUGGACACCUGCAGAAAGCCAAAGACUUUAGUUACUCACAAUCUCCAACAGCACCACGAUCCCCGACUCACCAGGAGCUGCAGGCGGUCACCAGUCCUGGCACCAAAAACACCUCUUCCUCCUCCUCCUUCCUGUCUUUCAUAGAUCCAAGGUUGAUCCCGAUAUCCUCGCCGCCACAGAGUCCUUGUGACAAAGAUGAGCCGGUGAAAAGAGAGAACCACAGGAAAGGCUCGGUGGUCAAUGUCAAUCCUACUAACAUUCGACCGCAAAGUGACACUCCUGAGAUUCGCAAAUAUAAGAAGAAAUUUAACGCAGAGAUUCUCUGCGCUGGACUUUGGGGUGUGAAUCUGCUGGUGGGCACAGAGAACGGACUGUGGCUGCUGGACCGGAGUGGGCAGGGGAAGGUUUACCCUCUUAUCAGCCGACGUAGGUUUCAGCAGAUGGAUGUUUUGGAGGGACUCAAUGUGCUCAUCACUGUAUCAGGUAAAAAGAACAAGCUCCGUCUGUACUACCUCUCCUGGCUGAGGAACAAAAUCCUCCGCAAUGACCCAGAAGUGGAGAAGAGACUGGGGUGGACGUCUGUGGGAGACCUGGAGGGCUGUGUGCACUACAAAGUUGUGCGCUAUGAGAAAAUAAAAUUUGUGGUGAUUGCUCUGAAAAAUGCAGUGGAGGUGUAUGCCUGGGCCCCCAAGCCCUACCACAAGUUCAUGGCCUUCAAGUCCUUCAGGUCUCUACCCCACAAACCUCUGUCGGUUGAUCUCACAGUGGAGGAGGGACAGAGGUUAAAGGUCAUCUAUGGCUCUCUCUAUGGCUUCCAUGCCAUAGACGUUGACUCGGGAACUCCUUAUGACCUGUACCUGCCAACACACAUUCAGGGAACCAUCCAUCCUCAUGCCAUCAUCAUCCUGCCAAACAGCUCCGGGACAGAGGUGCUGGUUUGUUACGAAGAUGAGGGUGUCUACAUUGACACCUACGGUCGGAUCACCAAGGACACUGUGUUGCAGUGGGGAGAGAUGCCAGCAUCUGUCGCCUACCUCCAGUCCAACCAGGUGAUGGGUUGGGGAGAAAAGGCCAUUGAGCUUCGUUCUGCCAACACUGGAAAUCUGGAGGGAGUCUUCAUGCACAAAAAGGCUCAGAAACUCAAGUUUCUGUGUGAAAGGAAUGACAAGGUCUUCUUUGCUUCGGUUCAGUCUGGAGGCAGCAGUCAGAUCUACUUCAUGACUCUUGGACAGAACUCUGUGUUCAGCUGGUGACGACUGGACCCGUCCGUUCUGGCAUCUUCUGGCUCGGAUGUUGUCGCACAAACAUUCCAGUGAAACACUGACGUUUGGACCUCCGCUGCAGCAGCUCUCAUACAUACUGACCUGUGAGCCAGAGGGAGGUCCAACAUCGAGUGGACGUGAAAGGAGUGAAAUCUGGGUCUUGUUUAAUACUUGAUGGACUGAAUGAUCUGCUUUCCUCAUCCACAUUUGGAAACAUUUCAACAAACUGAAAAUGACCCACAAAUAUCUUUGAGCACGUUUCUCUGCCCGUAUGGUGAAAGAGGUGAGCUCCACGUCCCUGAAUCAGGGACGUGCAGAGGGAGGCUGAAAACUGGGGAGUCAGAGUGACAUAAAUGUGAACCAACUGCUGUAUUUUCACUACGUCUCACUACAGCCCUAGUAAACCAAUGUGUUUUCAAUGUGGAGCUCAGCAGCCAUGAUGAACCUGCAGCUGCUACAUUUCAUUUCGUACAACCUUUACUUAAACUAAUGUUGUUUUUUGAUGCUUUUGGACAAAUACAUUUCAGCUUAAGCCCCUGUUAGGUUUAAGGUGAUUAGGAGGAAACAUCUGAAGUUUUGAGUCCAAGUGAGCAGCAGCUCAGUGACAUAAUGGACCUGUGCUUGGAGCAGGGUUUUUUCUUCUGUGCUACAGUGGCAAAUGGAAGACAGUUGAGAUGAAAAGUUACUGGAGAGAUUCAUAGUCCCCAGUUAAAUUAUUAUUAAGAGUGAGCUUUUCUCAUGGCAUUUACGACUUGUGACAAUGUCAUCCACUCUGAAAUCAUACAUCGUAGUACACUGUACUAUGAAGGCUUUUGAAGAACACGUUUGCAUUUGAAAGUCGCAAUGAAACACCUAUACAUAACAUUUUGCAAAACAGUGCACUGUCCAAUGAGAUUCACAGCCCUUUCUUGAUGCUUUCCUUUCAUGCAUUUGAAUGCGGAAAAAGAAAGACUUCACUUGAAUCUUACAUAAAGGUGAUUAAGAGACCGAUGUGUGUCUACUUUUCACGCCCCACACAAAUGUCACGGCAACCCCACACGAUAGAGAGAAAUGGAACAUUGUGUGAGUAAAUUUAUCUGAGUACAUUUCAAUAUCAAUUCAUAUUUUAAAAUUCAAUGACACCUGAAUAAAACAAGGUCCAAUGCCUUGUGAUGGCACGAAAGAAAAUCAAAACCCAGAAAGUGGGAAGGGAAAUUGUUGAUGUGAAAACAAAGUAAUAUCUCUGAGUGGAAAUAUUGGUGUGUUCCGUAUCUGGUGGGAAGAGAAAGUCUCAGAAUGAAGAGACUUCCAUGGACAUGUAUUUACGUUCCUCAUUUUUUUUUUUCAUCCCUCAAUUUGUAGCAAAGUGGGUGGUAUUCACUUGGUAUAGGUCGUGUAUCAGAGAAAAUGAGGGGACAAUAACAAACAAGAACUCUCAUGACACAGUGUCAACACCUGCAGAGUACAGUAGAUGGUGUGUUGCCAUUGUCACUGUGGACAGGACAUGCAGAUGCUAUGGUUUGAUGCAUUGGUGCGACUGUGGUGGAUUGAUUAGAUUGGUUUGCACCCCUUGUGGGAAAAGAAGUGGAUGAGGAUCAGCGCCUGUUUAGUAUGAAGCCAUGCUGGUGAGCAGGAAACUAAUGAAGGUUAAACUCCAAGUCAGGAGCAUAUCAGUGCCUCAGAGUGAAACAGGCAACAAAGCGUCAUCAGUUGAAAGCAGAGGCUGGAAGCCUGGAAAUCCUUAAUGUAACUGUUACAACCGGCUGUUCUAUCUAUUGAUUUGAUGUGUUCUAAUGUGAAUGGCAGAACUGUAUUUUUGUCUUAAGGAAAGGCUCAUGGUUCCAAACCUGGUCCAACUUUAAGGUGGUCACUGACAUUAAAACGGAACUUAGAUUGACGUUUUAUGAGGUCAGCGUGAGACCAACAUCUGACCACACUUCACCGCUCAAUUAUUGUUGCUUCUCUGCAAUUAAGACAAUGUAUCAACUUUAAUAGAAAUGUAUUGUUGUUCAUAUUGCUCAUGUAAUGCAGCUGGCCCUGUGAGAAUAUUUGAACUGGACAGUUUUUUUGUGUGUCUUUUCUGUCACCAUGUCAGACCUCAUAGAAGCAUGUGCCUACACAAUGAUGUUUCAGGGAACAUCUGAGUACAAAAAAAAAAAAAAAAAAAAGAAAUACAAGCUUUAUUACCAGUUAACCAGUUUGUUAUGAGGGAGGGUGAGUGAGUGAGU